AUGGCUGAACAGCGACCCUCCGAAGUCAGGCCACAGGAGACUGCUGCCGAGGAUGCGUUGGAGAAAGAAGUUGGCAACCCGGCAGUAUCAACAGCGGCGGUAGUUGAGCCCGAGGUGGAGACGGGAAGGGAGUUGAAAGAAGCACCCAACAGGAACGUUUGGAUCGCUUGGAUCUACAUGUUCGAUUGGUAUCCGUCGCAUUAUCCUGAAGACGAGAGGAAGUUUCUGCGGAAGCUUGAUGCCUUUCUUCUCACCUUCACUUCCAUUGCCUUCUUUCUCAAGUGGCUGGAUCAGUCAAACAUCAACAGCGCUUAUGUCUCGGGCAUGAAGGAAGAGCUCAAGCUCAAGGGGAAUGAGUAUUCGAUGUUCCCCAUGUUCUAUAAUAUCGGUUAUGUCAUCUGCCAGAUCCCAGCAUUGCUGCUCCUUUCACGACCUAAAUUUACUCGCUGGUUCCUCCCGUCUUGCGAGGUUGCCUGGAGUGUUCUUACAUUCGCUCAAUCUCGGCUUCAAAAUGCUCCUCAGAUUUACGCAACUAGACUUUUGCUUGGAUUGCUUGAGACACCGGUUGCAUCUGGGUGUCUCUUCAUUUUAUCGUCAUGGUACAAGCCGGAAGAACUAUUCAAGAGAGCUGGGGUGUGGUAUGUAUCAAAUAACAUAGGCGUCAUGUUCGGUGGAUAUUUACAGGCUGCUGCUUAUACAAACCUCAACGGCGUCGGUGGAAUGUCUGGUUGGAGGUGGCUUUUCAUUAUCGACGGCAGCAUAUCAUUGCCACUCGCGUUUUUGGGGUUCUUCAUCUUCCCUGGAAUGCCGAUGAGCGGCAGGAUCUGGUGGAUGACAGAGAAAGAAUACGAACUCGGCCAGCUGCGCAUGCGAGAAGUUGGCGUCGAGCCCCCCAAGAAGAUCACCAAGGCUGUGCUAAAGAGGAUCUUCUUUCACUGGCACUGGUAUCUUGGCGUCCUAGCCUAUAUCCUGUUCCUUUCUGGCGCCUACCCUCAUGGACAGAUGGCACUCUGGCUGAAAGACCUCGGCGACCGUUACGGAACAUACACCGUGCCACAGAUAAACACCAUCCCCACCGGAGCACAAGGCGUAUCUGUGAUCGGCACGCUGAUCGCGACAAAUCUCUGCAUGGUCUACCCAACCUGGGCCAUAUAUCAAAUAGUCAUGGCUAUUUUCAUGUUUGCAAACAUUUGCAUGAUGGUCUGGGAGAUUCCCCACGACCUCAAAUUCUUUGCUUUCUACAUGUUCGGCAUGAGCGCGGCCGUUACUCCUAUUCUUGCACCCACAGUAAACUGGUGGCUGAAGGAUUCUGCUGAAGCACGAGCAUUCUUCAGUGGCAGUAUGGUCAUGCUUGGUUUUGCUAUCAACUCCUUUUACCCGCUUGUUACAUUCCCGGUUGUUGAAGCUCCACGUUGGAAGAAGGGCUAUAUAGUAAAUUUCUUCUUUAUCCUUGGGGCAUGGGGAUUCCUUACUUUCGGAUACUUCUUGCACAGAAGAUGGGAGAAGCGACAAAAACAAGCGCAGGAAGAGCAAGCACGACUGGAGGAGACAAAGGGGGGCGAGGAUGUGAAGCAUUUUGCGUAG